ACGCAAGACAAUUGCCCAAAGGGCGUUUCGUUUCCUAGGUAACAGCCGGAGCGUGCCUUGUAGAACUCAGCAGGGGGACAGCCCUCCACCCAUCACACCGUUUUUGGUGCAAGCUAGAGAACACCCUGUGCAUUAUUCGUGCAAGUUACAUUUUUUGUAAAGUUGUGUGUCUAGAAAACUUUUACUGAAAUAUUGCAAAUUUUAGAAUAGUGCCAAUACGUUCACUUCCCAGCAGCAAGCAAGUGGGCAAAACAGGGCUAAGCCAAGGACAGCUGCAUCUCCUCCGAGGCCCACUACCCCACCUCCUUCCCUCCCAGAUCCUACACCACCAUGCCUGGCCAGUUCAGCACCCCCAGUGACCCUCCUGUCUCCUUUCCCUCCUCAUGGAGCCCUGGCCCCCUGCAGCCCCUACGUUUCCGAGCCCGAACUGAAACCAUGGACUGGCGGCGCCUCUCUGCCCUGGACGUGGAUCGCGUGGCCAGGGAGAUGGACGUGGUUCUACUGCAGGAGUACAUAUCUGCUGUCACCUUCUGUGAUGUCACAGGUGAGAGGUGUCCCCACUGCCGUAGCCCUGCUGACCCGGCCCUUGUCAAGCUCCUACGUAUGUCCCAGCUCAGCACAGAGUACCUGCUGCACUGUCAGGACUACCUGAGCUCCCAGCUGUCUGGGCUGGAGGAGCGUCUACAGAGGGCCCUCUCUAAGGCAGACCGAGAGGGAGAGGAGAGGGCCAGGCUGGACUCUGAGCUACAGGCCACCAAACAGGAGAGCAAGCGUAGGAAGAAGAUGAUCGCCACACAGCAGCUUCUGCUACAGGCUAGCUUCAACAACUACCACAAGUGCCAAUGCUGUGAGAAAUCCUUCAUCAACUAUUCCUACUUACAAGCCCACCUACAACGCAGGCAUCCAGAGGUGACAGACACAGAGCGGCAGAAGAAGAGGCAGGUGGAACAGAUGGAGGAUGGGAUAGAGGAGCUGAGAGAGAGGCUGAAACUGGCCCAGAUCAGACUGGAGAUGGAGAGGGAAGCAGAGGCUCUUAGGAAACAGCAGGAGCUGGACUAUCAGCGAAGGAAAGAGGCCUCGGAGCGAGAGAAGAUGGAGAGCUGGAAGGAGGAGGAGAGGAAGACGUUUCAGGAGGAGAUGAGGGACCUGAAGCGGCUGUUCCUGCAGGAGUUCAGACAUAUGGCCAGCAAGAGCUCCUCCGUCGAGGCUAAACUGCAGGAGCUGCAGACCAGAGAAGUGACCGUUUCUAACCUGGGCUCCUAUCAUGAGGAGGAUGAGCUGCAGCAGAGAAAGGAGAGGGAGGUGAAGGAGAAGAUGACUCAGCAGAAGCGUGAGUGGAAGAAACGGUUUAUGGAGGUCCAGAACAGGCACCUGUUGGAGAGAGACGAGCUGCAGAGUGAGAAUGACAGGCUGCGUCUGGCCCUGUCUGUAGACCAAAGGUCAGACCUACACAGGCUAGAGCAGCUGGUCACCUCCCUGUCUACCAGGGUCAAGCAGAAAGACCGGCUCAUCAGGUCUCAGGAGGAUAAGAUCAACAAGAUGUCUAGAAGACCAGUGGCAGACACUCCCAUCAAACAAGCGGUCCAACACUCCACAGAGGAGGAGGAGGAGGAGGAGGAGGAGGAGGAGGAGGAGGAAGAAAGUCUGGAGGACUCUGGUGAGACCAGGAGGAGGCUGUUGGAGUCCCUCCGGAGGAACCCCGCCUUGGUGAAGGAGUUCAGACCCAUACUAGAGAAAACCCUGGAGGAGAGGCUGGAGAACAUGGGCCUCAGAAAGGGAACCAAGGGUAUAUCCAAGAAUACCCUUAAAAGCCUGAGCUCGUUGGUAUCUGGUCAGCGACAGCAGAUGUCCAGACAGAUAGCAGACCUCCUGGAGCUCAGAGAGAGCUUGGCAAGAGAGCUAACCCGCAGGGUGCACCGCCUGCAGAGGAGCCAGGGGACCACCAUACCUACUUUACCCAGUACCACCCCUCAGUCCCACAAGAAGAGGAGACCUAGCCAGGAGAAGAGCCCAAAGAGCAGACUGACCCCGGUGAAGGUGAAGGCCUCCCUGAGGACCCCGGUGAAGGUGAAGGCCUCCCCGAGGAGAGAGAAAGCUCCACAACCUCAACAGACACCAAGCACUCAUAGAAAAAAGAACAGCACCCCUCCUUUCAGUUCUGAGGGUGAGGAGUCAGGAGAAGACAGUGCCUAUGUCACCAGCCCUGGCAGUAGGUCUGGCCCCUCUGUGAGGGUGGUGCGGUCUGGAUCCAGCCCAAGGCAGAAGUACCCUAUGGCUGGUUCUACCCAGGGAGAGGACUGGUCUGGGACAGACACAGAGCUCUCAGAAGGGCCGGCCAGUCUAACUGCCCACCGUGGAGCACAAGGGUCUGUGGUUAAAUCCCUGACCAGAAGCUUGGAGAGACAGUUGAACUCUCCAAUGAACAAGCCAGUAGGAGGGACCAGAGUGGUGCCACCAGCAGCAGCCAAGGUCGUACCCAAACCCAGGACAGCUGUAAAAACCCUACAGUUAUCAGAUGAGGAGAGCGACCUAGAACUGUCUUCCAUCGAGGAGCCCCUGCCGGUAGGGGGCCAGUCUCAGUCCCUAGGGGGGCGAGGGAGCACCGAGGUGGGCCUGGGAGGAACCUCAGGAACCAGCGUGUGGAGCUCCUCAACCAGCAGAGCAGGAGGGCUUUAAAACGCUUCUCAUGUUUUUGAUUUUAUUUAGUGGUAUGUGUCCUUUUAUUUAUCCAGAUGAGUGCCUUUUGAGAUGGAAAUCUCUGUUUUUCAAUGGGCCAUAUGUAAUAUAUACGUUAUUCUUUCCCAGUCAUAAAACAAUAACAGAAGCUGCAUUACAACGUGAUGAGGAGCUGGAGUGUAAUAGCCUUUCAGUUUUAUUCAAUCUUCCAGAAUAAAACUCAACAAAAAUAUAAACGCAAAGUGUAAAGUAAAGUGUUUCAUGAGCUGAAAUAAAGGAUCCCAGAAUUGUUCCAUAUGCACAAAAUUAUAAAAUUUUUGGGCACUCAUUUCUUUACAUCCCUGUUAGUGAGCAUUUCUCCUUUGCCAAGAUAAACCAUCCACCUGCCAGGUGUGGCAUA